GACCUCAAUUGGCACCGCCACAUCAAAAGAAUUCAAGUAGCCACGUUUAACUUUCAAAUAAGGCUACUAGUCGCAUCAGUCGCAUCAUUAUUGAUUCCGCGCAACGGUAACUCGAAAAGCGCAUCACCCACUUCUUUGGACUACCGUCAGUUACUUUCAAGGGCUCUCAUUUCUUUUCCUUGUCAAAAUCUUCAUCAUGAACACUCUCUUCAAUACCGCACUCAAGCAAUCCACCUCCCUUCGUCGAGAUCUUUCCUCUCUUUCUCCACCCGAGUCGCAACCCCUCACCCCAUCUCUACUUGGUCAAAUUUCUUCAUCUCUUACCUCCUUCUCAAGGACUCUUGAUUCUUACGCUUCCCUUCAAUCUGCCGAACUCAAUCCUUCCAAAAAGGAAAAGGCCUAUGAGCGAUUAGCUACAUUCCGCUCUGAACUACAAGAUUAUCGCUCCCAGUUUGCAACUCUUAAAUCGCAAAAUGAAGACCGUCAAACGCAAGUAGAUAGGAGUGAAUUACUUGGGAGAAGACCACAUAAUGCAUCUACGCCCGAAAAUCCUUAUGCAAAUACAACAAGUGCGACCGCUGCUCGGGAUAGUCCAUGGAGACGAGAGGGUGGACCCGGUGGAAGUGGUAGUCAACUUUCUAUGAAUAGUGGGGAUUAUACAAGGGAAACACAUGCUUUACGAGAACAAUCCUUCUUUCAAAAUACUCAUAGUGCGUUGGAUGAAUACUUAGCUCGUGGACAAGCAGUUCUAGGUGAUUUGGGACAACAGAGAGAAAUGUUAAAAGGGACACAAAAACGAUUGUAUAGUGUGGCAAACACCUUGGGCGUAUCUGGCGACACUAUCCGCACCAUUGAGAGACGUGCAAAGCAAGACAAAUGGAUUUUCGGAAUUGGGGUGGUGAUAUUUUUUACCUUUUGUUGGGCGGUCUUACACUUCCUGAGGUAAGGCAAUCAGUGCAAUCGAGACAUGGCUCGUACGGGAAGAACUAGCUUUAUAGUUAUGGAUUUGGGUUUGGAGUGUGUAUGAAUAUUUGACAAAUGUUCAUUUUUGGGUAAUAUAAGCGUGGAGUCUGGAGUAUGGUUCGGCACAAAAAGGGGCGGCUGUUCGUGCGACGGCGGACGUCAAACGUUGCAAUGUUGAUAGGAGAAUGGAAAAUCGAUCAAUACGACUUCAACCAAAUUUCACAAAAUUUUGAGCUAUGUCA